AUGUGUACUCGCUGCAGGAGAGAUAAGAAGGUACCAAAAGUUUGGUCAGGAGAGAAUAAUAUGGAUCCAAUGGCUGUUCCUAAGAUUUUGUCUGACAUGUCAGAUGCUGAACAGAUGCUGAUAGCCAGGCUAGCACCUACCGUGCAUGUACACUUACUGAAGCAUGGAGGUAUCGCUUCAAAGGGGCAUUGCAUUGCAUUCCCACAGGCUGUGCAAGAACCGGCAACUAUUCUUCCACGACUACCGGCAGAGGUGGAUAUCAUACGCGUGAGAAGACAAGGAAAAGAUGAUACCCAUAAGGACUUCAGGGUUAGAAGACACCGUGUUGAGGGAGCCCUUCGUUGGUUGAAGGACAACAAUCCUGCCUAUGGUGAUGUUGUUAUUGAUGGUGCUCGCAUACAGAAUUUACCUGAAGAUGGUGAGUUGCCCAAUUUGAGAACUGUUGAGUUUUCUGAAACAGAACGGGUAGAUGACCAAGGCCCGGCUCCACAGCAAUUGAAUGCUGGGGAAACAGAUUGUACUGAUGACUCUACAGUCUCUGGAGUAAUUCUUCCUGAGCCUGGCGUUAACGUACAAGCCCAAGUUGAAGCAGCCGUAAAUGAAGUUGUAUCAGAACCUAGUGAGGGUGAACCAGAAAAUACACGACGAAGAGGGGAACGACCAGUGAUUCCUUGACCGACCACGGACACGACACCAGCGUCAGAGUUUACCACUCCGUACUUUUUUACGAUGGCAUUUCCUUGUUUGUUUCCCUAUGGAAAGGGUGAUUUCCACAUAAACCGGCCAGUGACAUAUCCUUCACUGCAUGACUGGGCAGAGCAUCUGCUGUGGUACCAAGAUGGGAGGUUUGCUAGGCAUAAGGUGUGGAAGUUUUUUGUUCACAAUAUGAUCAUGAGGAAGCGUGCCCUGAAGCAGAGCCGGUUCUUUGUUGAUCAGCAACUUGGUGACCCACACAUAACUGUUGCAGACCUGCAAGAGCGACUUGCGAGAGGUGACACUUUUACCGACAAGUUCUUGUAUUUUGGCGCAAAUCUGCGUGGUAUAGCUCAGUACUGGCAGCAGAGACGCAGAGAACUUCGUGCCCUUGUGGAGUUCAUGGUCAAUGAGAAGCGUGGGUUACCCUCAUUUUUCAUGACUGGAAGCUGUGCUGAGUUUUACUUUCCUCCUCUUAGAAGGCUACUGGAAGAGUACAUCUUGCAGACCAAAGGUGAAGAAGUCAACCUUGCUGAAGAUAGCAAUGCCCGCUUCAAGGCAGUACAAGAAAAUACUCACGUGGUGGUGAGUUACUUUGAUCUGCGUACCCAGGCAUACCAUGAGAAGGUACUGAAGCCGGUAUUUGGUGUCUCUGAUUAUUGGUACCGUUGUGAGUUUGCCAAGUCCCGCGGUCAAAUUCAUUGGCACCAACUCAGCUGGAGGGAAGACAGGCAACCGCAUCAGCUAUUGCAUGAAGCUUGUGAAGAUGGUUGCGAAUAUGAAGAGUAUGCAGCUAGACUCAGUCAGUGGGCGUAUGAAACCUUUGCCAUGACAGCAUUACAUCUAGCUGGCAAUGAUGAAGAAGGGCAGCCAAGAAAAGACCUCUGGCCACCACCUGAGGGAACGGCUGAGCCCAUAUCAGAUGAUAGGGAUCCCCUAGUUAAGGUGCUAAUGCAAAUAGCUGCAACACAAGAUGCAAUACUGGAGGAUAAUUUGCUUUUAGUAAACAGGGUUGGACUCCACAGUUGCUCUGAUUACUGCUUGAGAACUCCUCGCCAUCCGGAGCAAGGACUGCAGCCGAGAGAACGUGUAUGUCGGAUGGAAUUUGGAAGCGAGUACCGCCCAGGUAAAAAGAUUCACAGUAAUCCGGAAAUUGUGGAAGAUCAUAAUGGAGCUCCCCACCUAGAGAUGCCACGUGACCAUCCACGUGUGGUUCAGCAUUCUCGUUAUCAGUUACAAUCGUGGAGAGCAAAUGGGGAUGUAAGCUUGAUUCUUUCCAAUUCCCCUCCGGACAAUCCUAGCACAGAUGAUAUCAUAGCCAUUAUUGGCUAUGUGUGUGGAUAUGCUUGCAAAGAUAGCGAACCUACUGGUGCAACUUCUGAUCUCUUUAAGGACAUGGUGAAUGCUGUUGAUGCAGGUGAUGCAGACCAGGUGACAGGCAAGUCAAUGUGUGCUAAGAUGCUGAUAAAGACGGUAGGAAGACGAGAUAUCAGUGGACCGGAGGCAUCUUUUGAGCUGAUUGGGCUAGCACUUUGGCGAUGUAGCCUUCCAUUUACCUACUUGUCAAUGUCAGGGUCAAGGAGACUUGAACGUGAUGGUGAAACUGCAACUCGCAGCACCCCACUGGAUAAGUACCUUGCACGAUCGCAAGAUGAACACUGUUCUUGGUACCACUUUGCAUCUAAGAAUGGUAAUGUUCCUGUUGUAAGUGGUGGUUCUACGCACGCAACAUGGCCACUGAAUGAAGACUACUGUAGGACCAUGCUCCUGUUACACUGGCCAAGCUGGUUUGACAUCCAAGAAGUGAAGGGGGAUGCAGAAUCUUGGAUUGAUCGCUUUAAGGACUUUUUUGCAGGUGAUGACUGUCCAACAUUUGUGAAGGCCCAAGUUGCUAAGGCACGGCGCUUUGCAGACCACCCACAAGAACCAGUAUUUGAGGAGGAUGACGAAGAUGAGCUGUUGAAGCAGAAGAACAGCCAGACUGGGUGGAUGUAUAUGCAGGGCAGAACCAAAUGUAUGAGGGUGUAGAGAGAGACUUUGAUUAUGAUGAUGGUGGGGAGGACUAUGACUGGAGCAGUACCCGUAUUAUUCUCCCCGAAGGAAAAUACCCAACAAAAUGGCUUCAAGAAAGCAUUAAAGUGGAUGAUGAACAGGAGACAGAAAGUACAGACCUUGAUUUACCUCAGGUGUGUCCGUUGUCUCUAAAUGAGAAUCAGAAAGCCAUAAUGGGGCUUGUGUUGCACACCCUGUACAACUUUGUUGAAAACAGUGGAUAUUACCUUCCACUGCGGCUUGUUGUCUCUGGAACUGCUGGUACAGGAAAGUCUUAUGUCAUAAAGUGUCUCCAGAGGUUAGUGCGGCAAGUUUUCGAAGCCAAUGAUGCAAUACAGGUGAUAACUCCAACGGGGAAUGCUGCCUAUCUCGUUCAAGGCAGUACAGCUCACAGCUUUCUAGGAGUACCGACAGGUGGAAGGCCCUGGCCUGCAAUGAGUUGACUGUACCUACAGGUCCCUUACUGGAGAAAAUGCAGAAAAAGUGCGAAAAUCUGAAAGUUCUGGUUGGGGAUGAACGAUCAAUGUUUGGACGGAUGGGCUGGAUGGAACAGCAUGCACGUUAUGCAAUCAACAAAGGAGCCAAUGCAGAUCAGUUAUGGGGAGGGAUUCCUGUGGCAGUGUUUAUGGGAGAUGAUGUUCAGCUUCCUCCUGUAUGUGACACCCCUGUGUACAUCUCAGAUUGUCGUAGUGCACCGUCUAACCACGGUCAUUUGGUUUGGACAAUGUUUGAUAGUGCUGUUGAGCUUACUCAGAUUAUAAGGCAGAAUGAAUCUGAACAACAGCUGAGAGAUGUGUUGAUGUCACUAAGAAAUUAUACCACAACACCCCAGCAAAUCCAUUGGCUACAACAGUUUCAAUGGCACAAUCUCCGCACGUCGCACGGGCCAGAACUCCUUGCUAGGAUGGAUGAGCAAGGUCUGUACGUAUUUCCCACGCACCGUCUUGAAUGGCAGCGUAAUAAAACAAAGCUGCUUGAGUGUAACAGACAGCCAAACCACCCAGUAGCAAAGAUCAAGGCAGUUCACAAUGGCCGACAUGCAGUGAAGGCCGACAGUAAUAAGGCGGGAUGA